UCACUACUUUUCUGUAUUGUUGUCACAGCUUUUAUUCUCAUCAGUUAGUGAAUUCUUGUUGUAUACAUUUAAAAAAAUUGUGCAUGCAUUUUUUUUCUCAAAAUUCUCUUGUUAGCUGUUUUGUCUUUCUACUUUUAUAUUUACAUAUUCUCAUGGUAUGAAUGUUGUCAUUGUUUUUUUAAAUUUUUGACCAUUUUACUACUUACUAUCCACACAUACACACACACACACUGUUCAUAAUGUUUAUUUUAUCAUUGGGAUGCCAAUAAAUGAGAGGUGGGAUUGGGAAAAAAUCACACACACAACAAGAGUACCUUGCUUGCUUGCCAAUGAAAACAAAACAGAACUAAUCACAUCAUGGUCUGGUUCAUUUAGCUCAUUUCUUCUUUUUUUUCCCUCGUUUUCCCUCAUUUUCAUGCGCAAUUAAAACAACAUGCAGUGUAUUUUCUAUCGAUUAUAAUAUUGUUUAGAUAAAUUGCUUUAUUAUAGGUUAUGAAUUAUUAUAAUGUAUGUAUAUUGAUUAACUUUUCUACUGCUUUUUUAUUAGAAUUAAGUGUGUAUAUUUCCAAACAUAGAACUCACAUUAAUCAAAUAUUAUCACAAUAUCGUUAUUGUCAAGUUGCACAGUAUAUUGGUAAAAAACAAACACAAUGUUUCUCAACAGAAGCAUUGAAAAGUGUCUUGCCAAAUACAAUGAUAGACAAGGAUUGUACUGAUGAAGGAAUAAAGAGUGUAGUAAAAAAUCCUGUAUAUCGUUUUGUACCAUCUAAACCUAUUUGGAAACGUUUCGAUGUUGGGGUGCAACAACAUGAAUUAGAACAGGUGAAUACUGUAUCUGAAUCAAAAGAUUGUGUAUCACCUGAUGAACCGGAUAUAUUUUACAUUAAUCAUAGAGCUUUGCCAAAACGCACAAAGUUAAAUCCAGACGUAGUUAAACUACUUGAACAAGUAUCACUAAUAAAUUUCAAAGGAGAAGAAAAUUUGAGAAUUCUUGAAGAAGCUAUACGUUAUGCUGAUUCAUUGUUAACUAAAGAAGCUUUUCAUGGAACAACUAAUAAUCAUGGUUGGAGUCCAGAGAAUACAGAACCUAUGAUUAGUUUAUGUGAUGAAAUGAAUGUGGAUUUUAAUUUUUUAUCUGAUGAUAAUCAAAGUGUAAAUAAUUGUAAUCUAGCUAAUGAUAUUAUGCAACAGGUGCCUGAUAAAUGGGAAGGUUAUAUUGUUGCCCCGUUGGGUAAUAUUUCAAUUGAUCAAAAAUAAAUUUAAUUUCAGCCAAUAAAGUGAAUGUAUGAUAUCAUGAUGAGA